GUGUGGCUCUCCCUCUCCAUGUGGUGCCUUGCUUCUACUUCAAUGCAAUAGAACACGGAAAUUCUCAAAUGGCGUGCUGUUACAAGUACCACUAUUUGUUUCUUCACUCUCAUUCCCUGUGGAGAAAGCUUCCACUCCCUUACAACAACACCACCAGGACAUUCUCUCGCAAUAUUCGAAUCUCCACUCUGCUUCAUUCUUCUGGCGCGCUACAGUCGAAGGGCUAUUGCAGUGCUUUUACAGAUUCACCAGAAGCUGUUCCUGCAACUUCGCCAAAGUUGGUUCCUGAAGCUGCAUUUGGAACCGGUCAAGCGCUGCCGUUAGGUUCAGCUGCCAAAGCCGAACGUGUGAAGAACGCCAAUCCUUUAAAUAGCAGAGUUAUGAUCAUUGACGGUACUUCGAUUAUUCACCGGGCAUACUACAAACUUUUAGCAAAGUUGCACCAUGGUCAUCUAGCACAUGCUGAUGGAAAUGGAGAUUGGGUCUUAACAAUAUUUACGGCUCUAUCGCUUAUAAUUGAUGUUCUGGAAUUUAUCCCCUCUCAUGUGGUGGUAGUGUUUGACCAUGAUGGACUUCCUUUUGGUCAUACUUAUAAUUCAUCAAAAGAAAGUUUUACUGCAAAAGGUCAGAAUUUUCGGCACAAUCUAUACCCUGCAUACAAGAGCAACCGUCCUCCAACUCCUGAUACCAUUGUUCAGGGACUUCAGUACUUAAAAGCAUCCAUCAAGGCUAUGUCCAUAAAAGUCAUCGAGGUUCCAGGUGUAGAAGCAGAUGAUGUGAUUGGAACGUUAGCCUUAAGAAGUGUUAAUGCUGGGUACAAGGUACGAGUUGUCUCCCCCGAUAAAGACUUUUUUCAGAUAUUGUCUCCUUCAUUACGGCUCCUUCGAAUUGCUCCACGUGGUGAUCAGAUGGUAUCAUUUGGUGUCGAGGAUUUUGCAAAUAGAUACGGAGGCUUGAAACCAUCCCAGUUCGCAGAUAUGAUUGCACUUUCUGGGGAUAGAUCUGAUAAUAUUCCAGGUGUUAAUGGAAUUGGAGAUGUUCAUGCUGUGCAAUUACUCAAUCGAUUUGGCACAUUGGAGAGGUUGUUGGAAUCUGCUGAUCAAAUUAAAGAGGAUCGCAUUAGAAAGGCGUUGAUUGAAAAUGCUGAGCAGGCCCUCUUAAGCAAGGAACUGGCCUUGUUGCGGUCUGAUCUUCCAUUGUACAUGGUACCAUUUGCUGUAGAAGAUCUCUCGUUCAAUAAACCAGAGGACAAUGGUAGUAGAUUCAACAGCCUAUUAACAGCGAUUAGUGCUUACGCAGAAGGGUUUUCAGCUGAUCCCCUCAUCAGGAGAGCAGUUCAUUUGUGGAGAAAGUUGGAGUCAAGAUGAAAUUCAGAGUCGUUAGGUUUUCUUGUACAAAGGGGAUUUGUUUUUAGAACAUUUCAAUACUUGAGCACGAUUACACAACAUGAGGGUAUUAAAGUGUAUACAGAAAGCAGAGUAAGUUCUUGUUACCUAUGUAUUCCUUCGAUCUUAUAACUAUUUGUAAUUUAGAUGUAAUUUGGCACGCAAGUAUAUAUUUUUGUUCGAGGUAAAAAUGAUAUAAGUGGGCAUUAGGUAGAGCAGGAAGAAGUGUGAGAAGGAUGCUAAUGUAAUUUUUUGUUCAGUUAAAAUGGAUUUAAAUUCAGUUUUA